CCGGCGGUGACGGCGACAUGGCUGAGCUUGUGGAAGACGAGGUCCGCCUGCUGGACCUCCUGUCCCUGCUUAUGGUUCUCAUGGGACUCCUCACAUUCGCCUUACUGUUCUGUAUCCGUGUGCCUUAUGGGCGCUUUGCCAGCUCGGCGUUUGGGCCGCCGGUUCCUGUGAGGUUGGCUUGGUUCAUCCAAGAGCUGCCGUCUUUGGUUGUGCCCUUGUAUUAUGUGUCAGUACAUCCUGGCCUACCAACACCCGCCCUGCUUCUGAUGGGACUCUUCAUCUGUCACUACAGCCAUCGGACACUCAUUUUUCCAUUUCUGAUACGCGGAGGAAAGCCUACGCCGCUUGUUCCCUUUGCUCUUGCAUUUAUUUUCUGUUGUUAUAAUGGAUACUUACAAGGCAGUUACUUGUGCAAGCAUGCUGAUUUUCCCUCUGGUUGGACACAUGACCCACGAUUUAUUGCAGGCUUGGCACUGUUUUUCUGUGGAAUGGCUAUCAAUAUUUAUUCUGACCACAUAUUACGAAAUUUGAGGACACCUGGGGAGUCGGGCUACAAAAUUCCCUAUGGCGGAUUGUUUGAAUAUGUGUCUGGUGCAAAUUUCUUUGGUGAAAUCGUUGAAUGGUCAGGAUUUGCAGUAGCUGGCUGGUCAGCACCUGGAGCUGCUUUUGCCAUAUUUACUUUGCUAUGUCUCUUAUCCCGUGCACGUCAGCAUCAUCAAUGGUAUCUUGAGAAAUUUGACAACUAUCCCAAAUCGCGAAAAAUCCUGGUACCAUUUGUGUAUUAA